AUGUCACUUCCUUACCUACGAGACUACACACACGUUGAUCAUAUCCCAUACUUGGACACACCGCCCACAUACGAAGAUUUUUUUAGAUUCUAUCUGUAUCCAAACAUACCAGUGCUCAUUGGACCUGCUCUAACAGAAAACUGGAGAGCACGGCAAGAAUGGACAGGUAUCAUUGAAAAUCGACAAGAGCGAUGCAAAGACAGAGACAAAAACAAGGACAAUAUUGACGAUAACAACCAUGACACGAAUCGUAACGAAAAUGUGCAUAGAAUUCGCCGAGAAUCCCAGAACGUAGUGCCAAAUUUUGCUUACCUUCGUCAACGGUUUGGCGACGCACAAGUAUCGGUAGCCAAUUGUUCGCAGCGGUAUUUCACAGACCAGCCAAGAGUCCACAUGAAAUUCUGUGAAUUCAUUGACAUAUGGAAAAAGACUUCACUUCAACGCCAAGGCAUUAGCCAGGAAACGAUCGCCAUAGUUAAUGCCGAUGGUGAUCGUGCGAAUGACGAUGAGUUGCUAUACUUGAAAGAUUGGCACUUUGUAAAAGCAUUUCCCGAGUACUCUGCGUACGACACGCCGGAGAUAUUCCAAGGUGUGUCGGAUUCCCCAAUUUAG